CGCACACCAUGGCGGCAACGACGAGUGCAGCUGGUUGAAUCGCGCUCGCUCGUUCGUGUGUAUCGAAGCGGGAUGCUUGGCGCCGCUGCGCUCGCACGGUGGCUCUCGGCAUGAUGUACGACGCGAAUGGGCUGCUCCUGGAGACGAGAUGUUUCAAGACCAAGCGUAACCGCCGCCACCCGCCUCGAAAAAAAUUCCCAGUCGCGAUGGCGUCCGGAAUGCCAGACCCGCUCGCGUCGCUUCGAUCUGCGAUCGACGCCAAGUUACGGGACGAAGGCAUCUAUUCCCAGCUGAGGUCCCUUAUCCAGACGCAUACAACCACUGUCGACCAUGCCAUCGAUGAUUGCCCGGACCACGACGAUCGGGUAUUGCACACGUUACUCGAGUCGGACGUUGUGCAGCAACUGAUUGCGUCCCUUCAAACGCCAUCGUUGUCCGUGCCAGGGCCGUCGUCGUUCUGUACGCCACCCGCGGCUACCGAAUCCAUCGACGAGGAUGCCACCUCUGGCCAGGUGUGGCCUGUCCUGCAUGUGCGCGUGCUGGGCGGUCGAGCAUUCGUCGACAGCCUGAUCGACGACACUGCGGCUUGCCCGACUACCGGAGCCACGGUCGAUGGUCAGACCUGCACAACGUCACGAACGUGCCUUCGAUACGACGUGGCCUUUCACGGCCAACGUUAUCAAUCGCGCCUAGUCCCGUGUGUUGUGGACCCGCCAUUUGAUGAAGCCAUGGCGUUUACGCUGCACCCCACCACCCCCAACGGCGGAGUCGUCGCCAAGUGGGAAUGGCUCUGCGCAAUCGAAGAAUCCAUGCACUGGACGAUCACAAAGCAUGUGCAAACCCGGUCGCUGACAACGGACUCGUGGCAGGAUGUCGCUGUCGACCUUGUGGCCGCCGCGACGUUGGACUGGCGGCACUGGCUCACAUCGCCCCAUCCCGUCGUCCAUAUUCCGCUCGCGCUCCACGGUCCCAUGAAAGUGCCCGUCGGGCUGGUAAACCUUCGGUUGGACAUGCCCAGUGUGCGAAAAUCGACUGCCACAACGCAUGACGCAAAGACGCGUUUGCAAAAAGACACACUGACUGGGCACGGGACCCAGUCGCAUUUGUACCAGUAUUGCAAGCAGUGGUGGGCAGAGUAUGUCCGGGAGUACGGCGCCAGCUACGUCGGCAAGGCCCAUUGGAUUCGCCUGUUUGUCGAAGACGAUACGCACCACUACAAACUCGUACGAGAAUCGAUUAUUCCAAUGGAUGUAGCUGCACUUGAUGGCCGGCGCGACAUCCGUCGGUCGGACAGCAUGGCUCGGUUGUCAUGCGUUGAACCGACCCCGAGCGAAGCAGCACGGUUUGUGUCGCUCGUGCCGUUUGUGCGAGCGGCACACGUCGGCACGGGGCGCGACGCGACGUGGCAUUCGAUCCCUGCAUUCCUAGCGUUGGGCCACGGGGACUGCGAGGAGCAUGCUAUCUUGCUCGCGUCAUUGUUCUUGGGCUUUGGUUUGAAAACGUACGUGUGCAUGGGCACGUUGCGGCGCAAACCAGCGUCAACAAGCAGCGCCGUCGCACCGCCGGUGCGCCAUGUCUGGGUGGCGACGAUCUUAACCACCGGAGUCAUGCUAUGGGAAGCCGUGACGGGUGAAUGUGUCGCUGCGUCGGCACCAGCGUGUCCUUACGACCGUGUGGACUGCAUAUUUAACCACAAGUCGUUCUUUGCCAACUGCCAAACGACCGAGUUGUUUGGUGAAGUCGAUUGGAACGUGCACAACUCGGCGCUGUGGAAGGGUCUGGACGCAGCCUUGAUUGCCCAAGUGCGACCACGCCAGCCAUCUAUUUCGUUGCGACCUCCAAACGUGAUGACAGCGGCAGACAAUGAAAAACUCGACACGGCACUGCGCCAGUGGCUGUACUCGACACGACGAGCCCACGGGCUAACGUGUACCAAGUGGCAUCCAAACUUGAGCCACUACGUCCGCAUCGCGCUCAAGUCGUAUGAAGUGGAACGGGUGUUUGGUACUGCGAAUGCCGACAACGUUUUCUUUCAGGUGCGACGUGCAUCGACGACGAUCGCCCAUGUUGAAUGCAUGGCGAGCGUAGAAUUGUAUACAAGGAGCGGUGCCCCAAGGCCACACGUUCAAGGGCUUCCCCGUAAGCGCGAUCGGCCUCGAAGACCUCCAGCGCAAGCUCAUGGCAAAUGCGGUUGGCCGUGACGUCAUCUUGUUCCCGCGCGCGGCGCAUGCACUUUUCGGUGUCGCCAUCAUGAGCAUGCCGUACCCAGAGGGUAUCUCUCUCAUCUGGGCCAUGGUCGCGGUCGUCUACAAAACGUCCUAGCGGCUUCUGGUCCAGUCGGUAGCCGUUUCGUACGUCCCACGCGGUUUCACCAUAUCGCGAAAUUCACGGAAAUGUAUGAUUGGCUACAAUGCUUUGUCGAGUGAUUUUGAUUGGCUAAAAAAUCCCACCAUCCUAAAUUGU